ACCAUUCCCGAAGCAUAAUGUAAACAUAGAAAAAUGUAAUGAGUCAUUAAACACAAUAUUUUUAAUGUGUCGACUUUUAUUAUUUACAAAAGAAGAUAAGGUGUAUCAAUUAUCAGUUUGUAUACGCUUGUACAGAAUUUCGUUUGCCAAACAUACAUAUGCACAUAAUUCCCCUUUUACACGGCUAACAAUUUUGUUACGAAGAUUUCCACGGUUUCUCAAUGAUUUUCUAUUCGCACCGUGCUCGGAAAAUUGCCAUGACCCGAUCAAAUUGUGUUUCGCGGCCGAAAAUUGCCGAAGUGACGUUCGGCUCCCUCGGGUGGUCACAUAGAAAAUGGAGUUUGAGCGAGGCAAGCGAAGCAGCUAUUCGCCAUCGUUGAUGGGCGCACAACGAGGGUCCUGAGCUGGCUGCGCCGUGUAUCUAGUGAUUAACCCGUAUUUUUGUGCUUAAUGCGAGCAAAAAGUACGUCGAGGUGAAACUGGAACCGACUGUGAAACGAUCGAGGAUCCCACAAAAUGUCAUCCGCACAAGUUGAUCGUCCCACAAAAGUGGGUCAGAUCAAUAAAAAAGAGAAUGAGAAGUCAAGGAAGACUUUUAACUCCUCUCAUAAGAAGCACAAGCAUGAAGAUGGUCGUCAUUUUAAGUUUGGUCGUAAACGUCUGCAAAGUUUUACUAGUAAUGGUAAAUUCUUUCCACCAUAUAAACGCAGAAAGAAGGAAGGUGUCAUUAUACCACCAACAAAGUUUCUGCUUGGUGGCAACAUAUGUGAUCCGUUGAAUUUAAACAGUAUGCAAGACGAGGAAAUAAAUAGAGCUAUGAAUGCUGUUACACCUAAGUCUAGCCCACUGCCCACACCUAAACACAAGAAAGAGGCAAUCGAAGUUAUUAUACCUCCUAAUAUUUGUGAUCCACUGAAUCUGUGCAAUUGCAGUGAUGACGAUGAAUAUGAAAAACAGCUGAUUUCUCCAACAAAAAAAGGUUCCAAACGCAGAAACAGAAAGAAAAAGAGAGCAUCUUCAGGUUCUGGGAAGGAUGAUGCAAGUGAUCCAUCCGAAUUGAAAAUUAAAGAGAGUGACAUAACUGAUGUUACAGAACCUGAAGAGCAGGCUGCACCAGAAAAAGUUGAAACAGCACAGCAGUGUGCACCGUUAAACUCUCCACCACCUAAUCAGCCUAAAGAAUCCAAACCAGAAAGUCCACAGAAAGAUAAAAAUAAACUACGGUUAAAAGGUUUAGAAGAACCAAAAGAUAAACGAUUACGGAAGGUUGAUGUAAAAGAUAAAAUUGUUAGCCCUGUGAUUCCUCAACCCGGAGCAUGGAAACCUAGACCACAACACCGGCCUAGCCAGGAUAAGAAAAAGAAGCAAACAAUGCCAAAUUUCAGAGAGAAAAAUGCACGUUAUCAGUAUGGCAACUACAAUAGGUACUAUGGCUAUCGUAAUGCUCAUCAUGAAGUAGACACAAGACUGACAGUAUUUGCACAACGCAAAGAGUUAUUCAUUGGGAAAGAUGUAUUGGAUAUCGGUUGCAAUAUUGGCCAUAUUACUCUGUCCGUUGCAAGGGACCUGGCAGCUCAUAGUGUAACUGGUAUUGACAUUGAUCGAACACUCAUCAUUAUUGCUAGAAAAAAUAUCAAACACUAUGUCAAUUGUGUACAGUCCCCUGCUGGUAACGAAGACAGCGAUCACCAUGAUGUAAACUUCUUCCCGAUCUCUAUGCCAAUCAAUUAUGGACCGGUUGAUAUUCCAGGUUUCACAAAGAACAAGAAUCACAAAGGUUUUCCUUAUAAUGUUACUUUUGUGCAGGGUAAUUACGUACUCGAAGAUGACGCCCUUCUGUGCACAGAACAACCGCAGUUCGAUACGAUCCUCUGCUUAUCCAUCACCAAGUGGAUACACCUGAAUUUCGGAGACGCGGGACUCAAGCAAGCCUUUAAACGAAUGUACGCUCAGCUUCGUCCAGGUGGAGUUCUUAUUUUGGAAUCCCAAGGUUGGAGCAGUUACACCAAAAAGAAGAAUCUUACAGAACGAAUAUAUAAAAAUUACCAGAAUAUCGAGUUUCAACCGCACAAUUUUACGCAGUAUUUACUAUCGCCCGAAGUGGGUUUCUCCAAGUGCGAAGUGCUCUCUAUUCCCCCUCAUCCAUCGAAGGGCUUUCAACGGCCGAUUCAUCUGUUCACGAAGCCGGGAUCAUCUCAAGAGAACACAGAAACUUCCACGCUGAAACGGCAAGAGCGGACAAACGAAGAGAGGAAGGAGCAAAUAGAGCGUAGAGCGUACGAAAAGAAGUUGUUCCAGAAAGGAAAUACCAAGGAGGGGAACAUGUCGGAAAUCAGCCAACAAAGCAAUGAGUCCAUGAGUCAGUACGAUCAAUUGGAAAAUGUUUACGCACCCAGCGCGACACCGUGUUACGACACACCGGGUUACAACAACGACAGUCAACCGCCGGACGCCUCGAAGAUGUGCUACCUGGACGUCAAUAUGGAAAACGACAAAACAGAGUUGGAGAGCCAAGACGCGACUGACAAGACUACGGAAUCCACUACGGAAACUAUGUCGCGGAAGCGUAACUUGGAUGCGGUGGCUGACGAUCUUUCUACGAUAGACGCAAAACGUCCUAAAAAGGUGGAAGAGGCGGUCGAGACCAAACCAGUGGAAGCCAACAAAGAAUUAGCACCUCGGGCGACGGUUUCCGACGACAGUGAGUGUAGGUUAGAAAAAAAACAAAAAGGGGACAACGAAUUAAACGCUCGACCGGCAGUGGACAAGUCAGUUUCGAAUUCCGAGGAUUGCAUAGAAGACAAACAGGAUUCGAGGAUCGUGGAUCAAAAGGAAGAGGACAACGGAUCGAGGAGUCGUUGUGAAGAAGAACAGACGGGAACGCAGCGCGGCGAACUGACCUCGGACAACACGUAAAUUAGUACUCUGAACGCUUUUUGCGUGGAAAACGAGCGGUGCUAUCAAAUUCUGGCUGUUUGGUUGUUAUCCAUUUACUUGGCCAAUCGUUUUUCAUUCUUGUUUUUCUUGUCCUUCCAUUCCUUGUUCAUCUCGUAAACAUUCGUAUGAAUUACGUCACGUUGAAAUGGAAGCAGCGGACGCGGAAUUCCAUCGAGAUCUCGUGCGUCGAGCGAUUCCAAUGGCAACGAUGACGAACUUGAAACUCGAUCCGUCUUCAUUGUUUGUACCGUGCGAACGGGACGAAUGUUUCUGAGCGUUCCAAAGCGCCCUGUCGCUGGACGCGCACCCGUACAGUUUCGUUUGUUCGUUUCGUCUCUCCUCUCCUCAUUUUGUAAUCGAUUUUUAUUAUUUCAUUGAAAACCGAGUUACGCCGAGUAAGCGGAUAGGUGUCCCCUUAGAAUACCUGGUGAGAGUUUCAGUGUCUUUGUAUCGGUGCGUUUGAAAUCGAUCUCGAAUAUUAUAGAGACUAUAGUUGGAGCAAAAUCAAUUGGCCUAGGAGCUGUUUCCCUGUAACGCGUAACGGAUGUUACAGGGAAGAGGGUAAUACCGUCGGAGUGGGGAUAAUGACCUUGACCGGUUAGUUUAGCCACUGCUGCCAGUAUAAGAUGAGAGCAAUUACGCGCCGACUAUACACCAAGUGUCGGGCAAGUUUUUAAUCAAUUUCCUCGACGAAAACAACUCGUACGCAAAAGAAUUAUUCGUAUUAAUUCGACGUAAUUUUUCAUAUAGCCUAAUUCCAGUUGUACCAUCGAUCGACGGGACACCACCUUGUAGAACGGAUGAUCGUUACCGAGCGUUUUAGCGGGAAGAUAGGUGUAACAGAAAAUUCCUUAACGGCCUCGCGAUAGCCAAUUAAGUUUGCUCCAACCGAGUCGUACGUGUUACACACACGGCGCACUGCGAUGCUCCAUUAGAGAGAUAAUGCGCGGUGGGGAGGAUACCGGGGUGGGAGGGGGGGAUAACAAGAAACAUAAAUCAAGUACUGUACACGAUAGAAAUUGUAUCGCUUUACGUAGCACGAUUGUGAUAGCGAGAGGACAGGGCGUGCUUUACCCCAGGCUGUGUCUGACGUGAGACAAGGGCAAAAGGUGAUGGGCGAAACAAAUUCUAAGUGCCGUGCCUAAUUCAGAGCGUUUUCUCAUUGUUCGCUGUACGUACUGUCCGAGGGGCACAGUUUGUCGGUCGACGGAA